CUGCCACCUGCUUUCAAGUCUUCAUGAUAGCUUAUUGUUACACAUUAUAGCGAGGCAUUUCAAAAGAGAAGCCUACCAAUGGAAAGCAAAGGAAAGGAAAGUAAACCCACCAAUGAUUCCCUGUCCUAGUACCUUUUAAGCUGUUCCUGCAAACCUUGAAACUCCACUCUCUAUUUGUUCUAGUGCACCUGUUCUUAGCCUAUGAGGUCAAUGGAAGGGAAAAACUACAAGUUUUUGGUUUUUUGGGUGCACUUCCACUGGUCCUGGGUAACCUCAACUGCUGUGUUAUCCCCUGAAGGUGUUAAUUUUGAAGUGCAAGCUCUGAUGGGAUUCAAAGCUUCUAUAGAGGAUCCUCAUAAAGUUCUGGAGAACUGGGACCAGACCUCUGUUGAUCCGUGCAGCUGGACCAUGAUUACUUGCUCAUCUCAAAACUUGGUGAUUGGGCUAGGCACUCCAAGCCAGAAUCUAUCUGGUGCACUUUCCGCGAGCAUUGGAAACUUGACAAAUCUAGAAAUUGUGCUGCUGCAAAACAACAAAAUCUCAGGAACAAUACCUUCGGAGAUUGGGAAGCUUUCCAAGCUUCACACACUUGAUCUCUCUAACAACAAAUUAUAUGGUGAAAUACCUUCAUCAUUGGGGAAUCUGAAAGGCCUCAAGUACCUGAGGCUGAACAAUAACAGUCUUUCUGGGGAAUUGCCCGGGUCAUUGUUGAAUAUAACUCAACUUGAUUUCAUGGAUCUGUCAUACAAUAAUUUGAGUGGUCCUGUGCCAAGAUUUCCUGGAAGAACAUUUAAUGUCGUCGGAAAUGCCCUAAUUUGUCCAACUGGCGAUGAGAAAGAAUGCUAUGGGGCAAUUCCUAUACCUAUGUCCUUCAACAUAAAUAAUGAUUCUCCCGGUGAUCAAACUAUACAAAAGCCGAAAAGACAUACAAUAAUUCGCCCAGUAGCUUACGGUCUCGCAUGCAUCUGUUUCAUUAGUCUUGCACUUGGUCUACUUAUUUGGUGCAAUAAAAGGCGUAGCCAACAAGUAUUCUUCGAUGCAAAUGAUCAACACAAAGUAAUCUGCCUUGGCAAUUUGAAAAGGUUUCAGUUCAGGGAGCUUCAAAUAGCAACAAAUGGUUUCAGCAGCAAAAACUUACUUGGCAAAGGUGGCUUUGGAAAUGUCUACAAAGGGAAGCUACAAGACAGAACCUUAGUCGCUGUUAAAAGGCUCAAUGACGGUAAUGCGGCAGGUGGAGAGAUACAAUUUAAAACUGAAGUGGAAAUGAUCAGCCUAGCAAUUCACAGACACCUCAUUAGGCUUUGUGGAUUCUGCAUGACUGCUACUGAAAAGCUACUAGUGUAUCCUUACAUGUCAAAUGGAAGUGUUGCUUCUCGGCUCAAAGCAAGGCCAGCUCUAGACUGGAGUACCAGGAAAAGGAUAGCUUUGGGAGCUGCAAGGGGUUUAAUGUACUUGCACGAACAGUGUGAUCCAAAGAUCAUUCACAGAGACGUGAAGGCUGCAAACAUAUUACUCGACGAUGACUUGGUGAAGGUUGUAGGACUUUGGACUCCUAAACUGCUAGAUCACAGGGACACACAUGUAACAACAGCUGUGCGGGGAACCGUGGGGCAUAUUGCUCCGGAGUACCUCUCUACCGGACAAUCUUCGGAGAAAACUGAUGUCUUUGGAUUUGGCAUUCUGCUUCUCGAGCUGAUCACCGGCUCGAGAGCUCUAGAAUUUGGGAAAAAGAGCACCAUGCUAGAUUGGGUGAAGAAAAUGCACCAUGAGAAAAGACUUAACGUACUGGUGGACAAGGAACUAAAGAACUACGACAGGAUAGAAAUGGAAGUGGUGGCCCAAGUUGCUCUCUUGUGCACUCAGUAUCAACCAAGCCACAGACCGAAAAUGUCCGAGGUGGUUCGCAUGCUCGAAGGGGAUUGCCACAAAGCAGAGAGAUGGGAAGCCUCCCAGAGAGCCGAUGAUCAAGGGUUCAAGGUGGCAGAGCACUCUACUGAUAGUUACUCCGAGAUCACUGAGGUGUCCAGAGAACUCGAGGAGGAGGCCAUAGAGCUCUCUGGUCCUAGAUGACUGGUCAAUGGUCAUGGAAUGGAAUGAUCUCUAAACCUUGCAUAGUAUGUAUAGCGCUAUUAUAUAGUGUUGCAAUGGUUAAAUUUAUUCUUUGUUUUAUGCUUUCUAUAUAGAAAAUGAUCAUUGGCCAUUGCACUAA